AUGCAACAUGCUGGACAAACGCCCAUGGUGGACCACCAGCACGAAUCUAUCCAUAAUACGGUCGCCGGGGAUGGCAAGCAAAAGAACAAUGGCACGGGCACAGGGAACGGGAACCGAAAGUAUAACAGCGCACGUGGCAGCCCAAACCAACGCAAAAAUAUCACCUCUCGGUUUGACUACGAGAAUGGUGCGCCACCCAAGCCAGGAAUGUCACCGCCAGGAAUAGUGACUCUGGACCCUAGCAAUGCCUCGCCCAUCAGUCCACAUGUACGAGCGGUAUCUGAUGGGCACGAUCCGGUGGCUAGUAGUAUGCUUGAAAUACAAGGGGCGGGAAGACGAAGUGUGCAGUUCACCAGAGACACAAUAGAUAAUGAGCAAGAAGGUGGGGACACUGAGAAUUCGGAUGGUCGUGGUUCUGCGCAACCUGGUAAUACCUUGUAUUCGAGGUUGAAGUCGUUUGCUACCUCACCGAGCUUCAUUUAUCCAAGGACGCCGAAUGGUGGUUCAAAUGCUGGAGACGGCAAAGCUAUCGCCAACAACCUGUCUUCCCCCAGAGCUGACCGCAACGAAGCGUACUUUCCGAUGACUCUGGAAGAGGAUGCCAGUGAAGCAGAUGCUGAUGCUGAAGAAAGCGGAGCUGAGCGGCAACCUGAUAGCCCGUCAGUCCGUAAAAGACGAAGGAAGAAACCCGUGCUCCAUGAAGGUGGCAUCAAAACUGCUCCAGCCACGCCAGGAACCCCAACAGGUCCUGCGCUAAUUAGCUCCCACUCGUUGGCCUCUACAGAUGAACGAAGACCUGUACCACCACAACGGCGAGCAACGACAAACGACAUUGGGGAAGGUUACCAUGCAAUGUCUGAAGACGAAGGCCGGAAUCGACUCAGCACCAACAGUCCAUCAAGAAUGAGAAAUGCACUGCGUGGCCUUAGCCACGGUCAAGGACAGCGCAAGAAUCACGGCACUCCUGAAGCAAAAAGGCCAACAGCUAUGAAGCGUCUUACAGGUCUGGUAGGUUACGCAGAAGCAGCUGACAGCCCGUCACGGCGACAUCGCAUGAAAGGGGAACGAGGCACUAGUCUUAGUGCACAAAAAUGGCGUCAAAUUAAACAACAGCUUAAGCUUCUUGGCCCAAGGAAGGGCAGAGAUCGGACAAUUGACCAUGAGAAGUCCGCCGAACUGCUCGCCGAACUAAUCGCUGGUAGCCCUGCUGCACUUAUGGUCGCCAGCAUGUUCCAGCGAGAUGAACAUGGGAGCAAACGCGUGCCAGUACUCCUUGAACAGUUGAAGGUCAAAAUUGUGGAUAGUGAGUAUGACUCAAAACCCAGAGAAACUGAUGGUCUUGUCCAGGGCGAUCGUCACAUGGUAUUUCGGAUAGAGCUUGAAUAUGGGAGUGGCCUAAACCGCAUGAAGUGGACAAUAAGGAGAUCAUUGCGUGACUUCGCAAAUCUCCACCUGAAAUACAAACUUCAUUUCAGCACUCAGAAAUAUGUCCGUCUCAAGGCACCAGAUGACAAGGGCAUGCCACGUUUUCCGAAAAGCGCAUUUCCAUAUCUCAAGCAGGUUCGAGGUUUAGAGGAUGAAAUCGAGGAUGAGGACGAGGAGGGAGGCGCAGAAACAGAUGGAGGUGCGACUGGCGCAGAGAGACCGGCUCCGAAGCAUCAAAGACGUUCGUCGUUUGCUCUGUCGCGACGAAGAUCUAGCGCGAACAGACAACAGGAGGACCAGAGCCUCAGUGGAGCCUUAGGAUCUGCUGGCGGCCUAGCAAGUGUUGUUAAUCACAUCACUGGCAGGCGAGAGACGUUUCACGAGAGACAACGUAAGAAAUUGGAGGUCUAUCUUCAGAAGAUGAUCAAAUUUAUGCUUUUCCGUGCUGACAGCAAUCGCCUCUGCAAAUUUCUGGAGGUCUCUGCAUUGGGCCUGCGGCUCGCUGCUGAGGGCAGUUUUCAUGGAAAAGAGGGGUUUCUCGUCAUUCGAUCUGGCAAAGGUCUCGACUUUCGGAAGGCUUUGACCCCAGCCAACCUCAGAGGCAGACACACUCCGAAGUGGUUCUUAGUACGCCAUAGCUAUGUUGUCUGUGUCGAUUCGCCGGAGGAGAUGCAUAUUUACGACGUCUUCUUAUUUGACGAAGACUUUAAGAUACAUCCUAAAACGUCUCUCCUUCGGGAUCAAAAGGCAAAGGCCAAGCCCAAGCAGAUCGCACAAGCAGCCAAAGAAUCAGCUUCGAUCCCUCAACAUCACAGACUCAAGCUAUACAACUCAGAGAGAAAAAUGAAGCUUCUCGCUAGGAAUGAACGUCAGUUACAGCAGUUUGAGGACUCUAUUCAGAUGAUGGUCGAAGCUUCGCCCUGGACGAAACCCAACCGGUUUGGGAGCUUCGCGCCUGUCCGGCCCAAGUGCUUUGCCCAGUGGCUGGUUGAUGGCCGAGACCACAUGUGGGUCGUGUCCAGAGCAAUCAAUCAAGCCAAAGAUGUCAUAUAUAUACAUGAUUGGUGGUUGAGCCCUGAACUAUACAUGCGCAGGCCUCCAGCCAUCAGCCAGAAGUGGAGGCUAGAUAGGUUGUUGAAGCGCAAAGCUGAGCAAGGAGUCAAGAUCUUUGUCAUUAUUUACCGGAAUGUCGAAUCCGCAAUCCCAAUUGACUCUCAGUAUACAAAAUUCUCUUUGCUGGACUUACACCCAAACGUCUUUGUACAGCGUUCCCCAAACCAGUUCCGUCAGAACACGUUCUUCUGGGCACAUCACGAAAAGUUGUGCAUCGUAGAUCACACUCUGGCUUUCAUCGGAGGCAUUGACCUUUGUUUCGGUAGAUGGGAUACGCCACAGCACACCGUCACCGACGACAAAUCCACCGGUUUUGAGGCAUCGGAACUGCCUAAAGACGCAGACCAUUGCCAGCUGUGGCCUGGAAAGGACUACUCUAACCCACGAGUCCAAGACUUCUUCGCUCUCAGUAAACCAUAUGAGGAAAUGUAUGAUCGAUCGGUGAUCCCUCGGAUGCCGUGGCACGACAUUUCGAUGCAGGUUGUUGGCCAGCCUGCAAGAGAUCUUACACGACAUUUCGUGCAAAGGUGGAAUUAUGUCCUUCGACAACGUAAGCCGACUCGCCCCACUCCGUUUCUGUUGCCGCCUCCCGACUUCAAUCCUGCCGACUUGGAAGCAUUGGGGUUGGACGGAACUUGUGAGGUGCAGAUUCUUCGGUCUUGCGGCCCUUGGUCCAUCGGGACACCUGACAAGACGGAGCAUAGUAUCAUGACAGCAUAUGCGAAGAUGAUCGAGGAGUCUGAACACUUUGUGUAUAUCGAGAACCAGUUUUUCAUCUCCAGCUGUGUCACUGAUGUCACCACUAUCAAAAAUACGAUUGGGGACGCCCUGGUCGAACGUGUGGUUCGUGCUGCCAAAAACGAAGAGGCAUGGCGAGCGAUGAUUGUUAUUCCCCUGAUGCCUGGAUUCCAGAACACGGUUGACAGCGAAGGCGGCACCAGCAUCCGACUUAUUAUGCAGUACCAAUUCAGAAGCAUUUGCCGUGGCGAGUCCUCAAUUUUUGGGCGUCUGCGAGCUCAGGGUAUCGAGCCAGAGGACUAUAUUCAGUUUUAUGGCCUUCGGGCAUGGGGCAAGAUAGGGCCUCGGCAGCGGCUCGUAACCGAGCAACUCUACAUCCAUGCGAAGUGUAUGAUAGUUGAUGACCGGGUCGCUAUCAUAGGAUCCGCCAAUAUCAAUGAACGAUCGAUGCUUGGCAACAGAGAUUCAGAAUGUGCCUCUAUCGUGCGAGAUACAGACAUGCUUUGGUCGAAAAUGAACGGCCAGCCCUAUAUGGUAGGCAGAUUUCCGCACACGCUCCGAGUGCGUCUGAUGCGUGAACAUCUUGGCCUUGAUGUUGACAAAAUCAUGGAAGACGCGCAAAUCGUAGAAGAGGAGUUUGGAAAUCCCGAAGACGAGAAGCCACCCAUGUCUGCUCACUCCAACAAUUCAGACCAGAAUCUACCGAUGUUGCCCUCAUCGACAAAUCUGGCAGUCCAAAGCCAAACUGUCCCCAGGGACACCGCGCCUGAAGAAACAUUGGCUCGUGCUGAAGGCCUGGCGAGCUUCAAUCACGAUAUUGAUUGGGAACAGGCAGAUAACCCCAAUCUGAAGUCAAAUCGCAAAUUGACUGAGGAUUCUAGAGUGACAGGAAAUGCUGAGCAUCGCAAGGAUGUGGAGGGCAAAGGUCCUGAUAACAUGGAGAUAAUAGAGCAUCUAGGCUACGGUGUUGGCAGGGACACUGCAGUCAUCAAAGAAAGCAAAGAAGUUCUGGUUGCUGAGGUAGCUACGGAGGGUAAAAAUCCUUUACAAAGGCCACUGAAGCCGGGGGAGAUGCCGCGACGUCCUUCAAUCUUAGAGGCGUACGAGCUGGGCAACCCUCCAUUGCCACCGAGACCAGGAAACAUUCGUUCCUCAACCACUCAACUUGGUCUUCCUCUGCUUUCACAAUUACCGCCCUUGCCGGACACGGACGAUACAGAUAUUGGUGGUCCGGCUAUGCACAGAUCAUUCUCUAAGGGCUCUAGAGAGCGUCGGCACCCACUUGUGAACGAAUUAAAGCUUCCUAUGGUUGACAAGGACUGCAUGGAGGAUCCAGUCCUUGAUGCAUUUUCGCUCGAUACAUGGCACGCCAUUGCGGAAAACAACGCCAAAAUAUUUCGUUCAAUCUUCCGCUGUAUGCCGGACAACGAGGUCAGAGGCUGGAAAGAGUAUAAGGAAUACGUAGCUUAUGGCGAGCGCUUCGAGGAGAUGCAAGGCGAGACCGGUAGCAAGUCGAGUAUUCGAUCCCAGCCAUACUCUAGCCACAAGAGCGGGCCACCUGGCGCAGGUUUGUCCGAGAAAAAGGCACUUCUGACUCAAGGCACCAAGCAUUUGCAUUCAAGCGAGGGUCAGAAGGCAGCAAGCGUACUAAAGGGGAAAUCGAAGAAUGCUGCACAUGAUGAGAAGGGAGAUGUUGUACAAAGAGAUCACGAGCAAUUGCGGGCCUGGGCAGUAGAGGCGAACAAGGCACAAGCAGAAAGACAGCACCGAAACUUAUCCAAGGAGGAGACUUCAUCCACUCAAGAUUCUGCUCCAACUACCGUGCCCGAGUCGCAGCCGUCGUCUCCAACCCUAGGGGACGAGCGGGAACCUCUUCCGGAUCUGACGAUAUCGCCACAAAGCAACGAGAAACCAGCAUUGCAAUUCGUUGGUUAUUCCGAAGCCAUCAACAUGAACAUGAAUACGCAGACGACACCGCGACGACGACGCCGUACCACUACUAGAAGCGGGCGAAGAGAAUUCGCGGCAACAGAUGACAUUCCCAGUAAAGCUGAGGCGGAAGAGCUCCUAAAUCUCGUACAAGGUCAUUUGGUGGUCUGGCCUUAUGAUUGGUUGGCUGAAGUCGAAAAGGGUGGCAAUUGGCUCUAUCCUUUUGACCAGAUAUCGCCUCUCGAGAUUUACGUUUGA